UUUUCUGGGUCUCCACAAAAUAAAUGCCCACCAAUUAACCGUCCAAAAAAAAAUUUAUCAAUCCCGCUCAAUUGCAAUUUCCACACUCUCUCUCUCUCUCUCUCUCUCUCACUUCCUCCUUUUCACUCUUCUCACGUUUCUCUCGCUCUCCCAAUCCACAAUCCCAGCUUUCCUCUCUGCGAUCGAACCCAGAUCUACGCCAAAAACUCAACUGGGUUAGACUAAUGUGAUGGAUCUUUCAAGAACUGCGCCAGAUGUAAUUGAGGAAGGUGAUAAUGGAGAAGAUUGUCGGAUUGUAAAUUCACGUGAAUUUGAUGGGGAAAUCAAACUUGGAAUGCAAGUGAGUUCUGAAGAAGAAGCUUAUGACCUUUACAAUGCACAUGCUUUUAAGAAGGGGUUUAGUAUUCGAAAAGCGACUAGGCGAGUGGUUAAUGGUGUCAUUAGGCAGCGAGAGUUUGUGUGUUCGAAACAAGGGUUUAAAGAGUUUGAAGACCCUGUUAAUGCGAAGAAGUUCAAUCAUUUAGAUACUAGAACAGGAUGUUGUGCUAGGAUUCGAUUCGAUGUGAAAGAUGAUGUUUGGACUGUUGUUUUGUUUAAUGACACGCACAAUCAUGAAUUUGCAAGUCCUGAACAAAAGCUUAAUUUGAGAUCAGGAAGAAAGGUACUAAAUGCAAAUGGGAGUACAACUAGCACAAAUGCAAAAGCAACGGGAUCAUGCUCAUGCUCACGUUUGUCAAAGGAAGUUGAUGGUGCCAAUAAAAUUGGGUUAAGCAAGCUAGAUAGUCACAAUUACUUGCCUACUGUGAGAAAAGAAAUGAUUGAAGCUGAGGAUGGGCAAAGUGUUUUUAAUCAUUUCAGACAUAAGCAAAGUGAAGAUCCUAUGUUUUUCUAUUCAUUGCAAGUGGACCAAGACAAUAGGAUGGCAAAUUUCUUUUGGAGAGAUGGUAGAUCAAAAUUAGACUAUGGUUAUUUUGGGGAUGUUGUUAUUUUUGACACCUUUCGAAUCAAUAGUUACAACUUAAUUUGUGCACUGUUUGUAGGGGUUAACCAUCAUUGGAAGAAUGUUUUAUUUGGUUGUGCCUUUUUAAUAGAUGAGACAACUGAGUCGUUUAUUUGGUUGUUUAAGACUUUUUUGGCAGCCAUGGGAGGUCAACAACCAAAAUCUAUUUUUACAGAUCAAGACCAAACAAUGGCAAAUGCUAUCAAUUUGGUUUUCCCCAAAUCCCGUCAUCGACUUUGCCCAUGGCAUAUUAGUAAAAAUGCUAAACAACAUCUUGGUGGACUUUAUACUAUUAAUGCUGAUUUCAACUCGAGAUUUGAUAAGUGCUUAAAUGGAUGCAUAAACGAAAUGGAAUUUGAGUCAACUUGGAAUGAUAUGAUUGAGAAGUAUAAUCUACAGAGUCACGAAUGGCUUAAUAGUUUAUACGAGGAUCGAGAAAAGUGGUGCACAGCUUUGAGUGUAGAUUUUUUCUCAGCAAAGCUGAAAUCUUCCCAACGGAAGGAGAGCUCAACUAGUAUUUUUCAUCAAAUAAUGCGAAAGCCUAUGCAGCUUAUUCAAGCUAUUCAGUCUUUUGAGGAAAAAGUAGCACAAAUGCGUCAAGAUGAAUCAAAUGAAGAUUUUCGUUGCAAAAAUGGUGCACCCUCAAAAGUUACUCGUUAUGGAGGUAUUUUGAGUCAUGCUGCUAGUGUUUAUACUCAUGCUUUAUUUAGAGUGUUUGAAGAGGAGUUGAAUUCAUGUUUGGGAUUGAGUUGUGUUGAAACUAAUCAUCAUGGGAAUAAUUCUAUCUAUUCACUAACUGAACUUGGAAAUGGAAGUGUUCAUAUUGUUGAGUUUGACCGAUCCAAGCUGAUUAUUUGUUGUAGUUGCAAGUUGUUUGAGACAUUAGGUUUGUUAUGUUGCCAUGCUUUAAGGGUGUUUGUUGUGAAUAAUGUGAACGUGAUACCUGAUAAAUAUAUAUCAAAUAAAUGGACAAAAGAUGCAAAGAAAGGGUUGUAUUGCUUUGAUGAUUCGUGUCAAGAAAAUGAGAAAUCUACCCGUGCAUCACGCUUGAGCGAGUUAUGUCAUUUGGGAUAUAUUGUUUUUGAAAAGGCUUCAUUGACAAAUAGCAGGACCAAAAUUGUCAAAGAUAAGUUAAGAGAGGCAUUGCACCUGGUUGAAAAGGAUGUGGCAUCCAUGAGUAUGGUGGAAAUUGUUGGUCAAGAAUGUCUCCAAGAAGAUCCCAACAAUAAUGAUGAUAUGGAACCUUGUGUAGUUGGUGAUAAACAAGUCUUUGACACACCGCAUGUGAAAAAGAAGAGAAAAACAGUGAAAGAUGCAAUCACAUUACAAACUCCACAACCUAGUCACAUAGUGCAUGGAGAUGGUCAAUCAUCAUCUUCUUCACUUGAGUUGUCUUUUGAUGAUCACAAUUUUAACCUCACAAGAACACCCCAAGAGAGUACCUCUGUGCCAUACUUGAGUCCAGAAUCUACCACAUCAAAAGAUGGUAUGCAAGGAUGAUACACAAGACUUUGAAGUAGGUAUUUUUUGGAACAUGAUAUAAUGUCACAGUAAAUUUCUUCUGAUAGUUGCCAAUGGUCUUUGGUCCAAUUUGCACAUCACCCCCCCGUGGUGGGACAUGUUUAGAGGUUGAAUCCUGUCAAAAACUUCACCUGGCUAGGAAAGGAAAAAAUGCUUUUGAAUGUUGACUUUCAUGCAUGUUUAAAACAUCCAUUUUGUGUAAAAACCUCCACAUGUACUACCAGAAGGCAUGUUUUGAAACAUUUGCCCCUUAAAUAUUUGUUACUUGAUGUGGAGUUUAUGAAAAAAGUAGUCACCGGAUGUGAAGUUUAAA